AUGUCUGCCAUCCGAUCCAUCCGCAACCUGGCCCCCCUCCUGGACCGCGUGCUUGUCCAGCGCGUCAAGGCCGAGACCAAGACCGCCAGCGGCAUCUUCCUGCCCGAGUCGAGCGUCGAGAAGCUCAACGAGGCAAAGGUGCUCGCCGUCGGACCCGGCGGUCUGGACCGCGAUGGCAAGCGCAUCCCCAUGGGCGUGACCGUCGGUGACCGUGUUCUGAUUCCUCAGCAUGGUGGCGCACAUGUCAAGGCCGGCGAGGACGAAUACCAGCUGUUCCGUGACAGCGAGAUUCUCGCCAAGAUCAACGACGGCAUCAUGUGCUCUGACGCGGAGGCUUCCCUUGGAGAAGGGAAGAUGGGGGGAAAGAAGAUGAGGGACAUUUGGCAUAGACUGAAAGCGAUCUAUACCAUGAGUGGUGUGAUUCCUUAUCCAACGGUGCUGUUCCCUGAAUCUGCCGCAAGCUUCGUCGGAUACUUUGCCUUGAAGUUUAUCUCGCUCGAGGAGCCAACCGAGUCGAGUCGCACAGUGACAUGGACAAGCGCCGACCAAACCGUGCAGUCCAAUGGGAGCCUGGCUGUAGGCAAUUCAUCUGGUUUCACAAGUGCUCAUACCUCUUUUACAACCCUUCUCAUUGACAAAAAGAAUCAGGGAGAUGGUACUUGCGUUCGCAUGCCCUAUGAUGGCGAGACUGCCACAUUUCCAAUCCAUGUCGUCACCUCGGAGGACAUGGUUUGUGGUCGCAACGGCAAUCAAGCGGUGCCAUUCAUCUGCCCUGCGAACAAAGGAUCUCUCCUCACGUUUGAGUUCCGUCUCUGGCCAGACGGUCAGGCGCCCGGCAGUAUCGACCCGGGCCAUCUUGGUCCUUGUGCCGUAUACGUCAAAAAGGUCAGCGACAUGUUCACAGAAAGCGCCGCUGGCGGCGGGUGGUUCAAAAUCUGGGAGGACGGCUACAACCCGGUGACGCAGAAAUGGUGCGUUGACCGACUCGUCGAGAACAACGGCCUGCUCUCCGUCAACCUUCCCCGGGGGCUGCCUUCAGGGUACUACAUUGUAAGGCCCGAGAUCUUGGCCUUGCACUGGGCCGUCCAUCGCGACGAUCCGCAGUACUUUGUGGGCUGUGCGCAAAUCUUCCUCAGCAGCGAUGUCCAGGGCCCUCUCGACGUGCCCCAGGAGCAUCUCGCGAGCAUCCCCGGGUAUGUCGAAACCUCCACGCCAGGCCUCAAAUAUGAUAUUUAUCAGAACAAUCUGCCGCCGUAUCCAAUUCCCGGCCCAAAGGUGUACAUGCCCAAACUCGACGCGAACAGCGCCGUGGGGAUUUCCACACCGGGGCCAACGCUUCAGACCGCAGGCGUCAUCCCCAAAGAUUGCCUCCUCAAGAGCGCAAACUGGUGCGGCAAAGCCAUCCCGCCGUACUCGACCGAGCAAGGAUGCUGGGGUGGCGUCAAGGGAUGCUUUGAGCAGAGCAAGAAGUGCAGGCUGAGCUCGCAGACGAUUGGGCAGGCCAAUUGCGACCGAUGGAGUCUAUACUGCGAGACGCUGAACACGCUGUGCGAUCAGGGCCAGUUCGUUGGGCCACCAGCGUUUACUGAGACGGAGAUUGUGGUGCCGGUACCAGGAGAGGUUCCGGCGAUGUGGAACGAUGUGUUUGAGCACAAGGGGUAG